AGAAUUUUUACUGGCGACAAUUGCGUCAAGAGACGAUAUAUCUAUUAUCAACCCGAACAGAAGUGUUGUCAUGGAGACGUACAGUGUUUAAAUCGGGAAAGAGGAAGAAAUCCAUUGCGAAUAGUAUGAUGUUGAAUCUUGAAUUAAGUAAGAUUACAGUUUUAUUGCAAGCGGAAGAAAAGAAUCGUCGGAAACAAGCACUAGAAGAGAUAUUAAAAAAUAUAUCUGAAGAGAAAACGUCAAGUGAACCAGACAAUCUAGCUAAAAUAUGGGAGAACAUACACAGAUUUUUAGUUAGAAUUAUGAAUGACAACAUGGAGACGUGUCGAGAUCUGACCAUAGGGAUACUGAAAAUAUUUUUGGAAGCUCUGCCUCCUGACGAUAAGCACAUAAUCUACAUUAUACCGAUAAUGUCCAGACGAUUAGGCGUACAGGAAUUGAUUGAGCCGUCGGAAGAAGUGCGCCUGAAAUGUGUAUCCCUUUUACGAAUAAUAAUUUUGAAGUAUACAGAUUUACUGACGCCGUAUGUUCAAGACAUAACGGGAAUACUGGCGCGCACCGUUACGGAUAAUUAUCCGAAUGUGAAAAAAGAGAGCUGCAGAUGCAUAUCGGAUUACGCGAAAACUCUACCGAGGCAUUUCUACUCGCAAUCGGAAUAUUUGGUUAAACCUAUUCUGAGCAACUUUACGCACCAGCACUACAGAGUUCGACGCGCUGCUGUUGAAGCGAUAGGCGAUGUGAUUCGAUAUGGAAAUAGCAAGUCGAUGGAAGAAGUGGCAACUCCUUUAGCACAGAGGCUCUUUGAUCAAAAUGGGAUCGUCAGGGAAGCUGUAAUUGAAAUCUCCGGCCGCUGGUUGAUAGAACUUCCUGACAGAUACGGUUGGUGGCACAAACUUCUCCCUCUGAUCAUGACAGGAUUGCACGACGAGCUCCCGGAGAUUCGUGUGAAAGCAGCAGAUAUGUGGGACGCUGCGGGAAAAUUGUACUUGGUGGAAAAUGAAAACGACGAGAAAUUGAAGGAUAAGAUGGACUUUCUUGCGGAAGACUUGGAACAUUAUCCUCCGGAAGUUUCUAGGCCGAAUUUAGGAUGCCGUGUGAUCGCACAGCAGAAUUUAUGCAAGCUUAUCGGCGGCAUCAGCGCGGAACUUGGAGAUUGGUUGCCGGAUAUACGUGUACGCUCCGCACAAUUGCUCUGUGUAAUGAUAUUAAAUGUUGAAGAGAACGUCACGCAACAUAUUGGAAAGCUCUUACCACCUAUGUACCGUGCUUGCAACGACGAAGAUAAAAGAGUCGUGGGUUGCGUGGAAACUGCGGCGCGAUAUUUAGGCUAUUUCGUGCAACCAAAAAUUUACUGUCACUUGGUGCUUCCCACACUGGAUGAAUCUCCAACGAGCGGACACAUGCGUGUUUUCGCGAUGAUUCUUAGCGGUAGCGAACGGAGGGCUUUGUCGCAGCAGUUGGACAAAAUUACGAACUUUUUGCAACGGCCAAGUAUCUGCUGGAGCAAGAAGAGCAACUAUCAACGUCAGAUACUAUCCUGCUGUAAUUCCCUUCUCGUAGUUUGUAAAGAGGAUUGCAUGGCAGUUACGCAAGCUUUAUUCACUAUAAUAUUUAGUAUGUAUUCGAUGAGUGUAGAGCCUUCCAUUUGCGAGGAAGCGGACAGACUCUUGAAAAUGCUCGUCGACAUAAAUUCGCUAAAAGAUCUCGAUGAUCUUUUCUGCAAUCACAUGAGGCCACUAAUAAUAUUAAUUGAUGAUGAUUGCGCCUCAUGGACGGUCUACAAAGCGGAAUCGCAAAUUUUCUCCGCUUGUUUAAGCCACGCCGGAAUCGCCAUGGCACGUAAUAUGGAUCUCGUACUAUCUAUCCUCAAGGAAACCAUGGACAAGAAUGCUGAUCCUGAAGUGAAGCUACGACACUUUAUUCUACUUUCGGAGUAUUUUCUCAACAAUCAAGCUCUACAUCGAUAUAUUGAGGACCCGCGUAAAUUCGUGAAUACAAUUAUUGAAGAGCUAAUCGUACCUGCACUCAUUUGGACCGCCGGCAGAGCAGCCGAAGCCAUUCGCACAGCCGCCGUUUGCUGCCUCUGCGCUGUUCUACAGAAUAAAAUAAUCAAUCUCGACGAGAUCAACGAAACAGAAUCAUUUACAAAUGAAGAAAGAGACGAAUCUAAAAUGUCCAUCACGACGGAGCAGUUCCCAUCCAUCUUCGACAAAAUCGUGCCCGUUUUGAUCAGUUUGGUGGACGAUAAGGCGAAGAAGACUCGAUUAUACUCCAUGCGUGCUAUUUGUCUAUUAGUAACAAUCGGAAAAAAGCUGUCUUGUCUAAACAACGAGCAUAUCCAUCGAACGUAUCCGGUGAUAAUGAAAAGACUUGACGACGGUUGUGACGAUAUUCGUUAUGCCGCCGUGGAGGCCCUUGUCGAUGUAUGGAAUGCCGCAUCCGAGGAUUAUGACACUGUCGUUAGCAGAAGUCACAUCGAUGCUCUAUAUACGACGAUGAUUAUUCAUUUGGACGAUCCUGAGUCUCGCUUCCAAGAGAUAAUGCUAGAUGCAUUAAAACGUGUCGCAAAGAUUUAUCCUGAACUAUUGCAUCAAAAGCUGCAUGGCUGUCGACCAAAUUUUAGGAACAAAACAGGAGUAGAUACACUCUUGGAAUAUUGUCAAAGUAUAUUCAAGCAGGAUUGAACUCCUUUUCUCAAAGGACACAACAGACAAUUAUAUAAUCAUUAAAAUGAAUAUGAUUUAAUAAUAUAAAUUAAAUAAUCUUUCUAAAGGGAUAAGGGAUAAGAACUUCUAUUAAACGUUAAUUUGUUGAAAAAAUAUAACAAUAGUCAC